AUGGACAGUCUUUUCUGCACUGAGGAGCAUGUUUGGCUUAUGAUGAGUCCUGCUGCUGCAGUUCCUGACCAGACAAGUUUCAAUACUUCAGAAACUAAUAUUAAUACUACUUGUGUUUACUCGAGUGGAUCACAAGAUUUUGAAGAAGCGUUUGAGUUGUACUUGCAGAAGGAACAAACUUACAUGCCUCAGCCGGGGUACGUGGAUCGCCUCGAGUUGGAUCGGUUUAUCAGCUUCUGUAGACGCAGAGCUAUUCACUGGCUUAUUCAAACGCGACGACGACUGAAUCUGUCUCCUGAAACUGUUUCUAAUGCUGUCAAUUACCUUGAUCGAUUCAUAUCUUUGAAUCAGUGCCAUGGUUGGAAAUACUGGAUGGUGGCAUUACUUUCAGUUGCAUGUUUAUCCAUUGCCUCUAAAUUCGGUGAAACAUCCCCUCCUCUUUUGCUCGACAUUCAGGUAGAGGGUCUGGAUCAUACUUUUCAACCAAAACUGAUCCAAGAAAUGGAACUGAAACUCCUGCAAACAGUACACUGGAGACUUAAUUGUAAAACACCAUAUUCUUAUGUAGAACUGAUGAUACGCGAUUUUGAUUUCUUCACAGACGAGUUACUCACACGAGUGACGGAUUUGCUUCUGCUUGCUCUUUGUUUAGAUUGUAAGCUCCUAACAUUCAGGCCAAGUGUUAUCGCUCUGUGCAUGCUCAGAUGCCUUCCUGAAAAGUUGAUCCCAUCAGCAUACAGUUCUCACCUUGCUCAUUUUGUAAACCUCAUUCCACAAGAUCAAAUGGAGAGUCUGAUCAAGUGCCACAAAAUCAUGGACAGCAGAUUAAUUGAUCACUUGUACAACAUACUAUCUUCUGAACCGCCUUACGGAUCCUCAAGUCCAGUAACUGUAUUAAAUAUGGCUCCACUUGUCGAAAGAUGUGAUCCCCAAGUUGAUGAAUUACUGUGUGUCUCUAAGAUGGCAUGUAGGAAGAGGAAGAGGAUUGAUCUGCAUGAAUAA